AUGGUGGAUUUUUCUGAUCCCCCAAACCAGGAUUCCGUUUACAGUGGAAAAGAGACCACGUGGACUCCUGGUUUGAAUAAUAUGAUGUUAUACAACAGUACAAUGGAUUAUGACUAUUACUAUGACUAUGGCAAUGAUUCUUGGAAUUUUACUGGAGACCGCUUUCUCUUGGACAACAACGAUGAGAACUAUUGGAUGUCUCAUGCAAAAAUCAAAACUGUAAGAAAUAUUAUGAGAGCAAUGUCCAUCAUAUGGUACAGCAUAACUUUAAUUUUGGGGACAACUGGAAACGGUUUAGUCAUCUGGAUUGCCGGCUUCAAGAUGAAGACAGUCAGUGCCGUCUGGUUCCUAAACUUGGCUAUUGCUGACUUUGUCACAUGUAUUUCUCUCCCCUUACGUAUAUCUGAAUGGGCUUUGUAUUGGAAUAUUCCUUAUGAUCACUUUCUAUGUAAGGCUGGUAUAACGAUUCUCUUCAUAAACAUGUUGAGCAGUGUCUAUUUCAUGACUGUCAUCAGCAUUGAUCGAUUUGUCUCAAUUUUUUGGCCAAUCUGGACCAAAAUACACAGGACGCCCAGUUUAGCCACCAUCAUAGCUGUACUGGUUUGGUUGCUGUGUCUACUUACUAGUGUCCCUCACCUGGUGUUUAACCAUGGGUUUGAAUAUGUCACUGAGUGCUAUCCUAAAUAUGCAAAUAUUUUAGAAGCCAAUGUGGAGAGAAAGACAAAGGCAAUGUUUAUCACAAGAAAUAUCUUUAUGUUUGCAUUCCCAUUUGCCAUCAUCCUAAUAUCAUAUGGCCUGAUUUUAUUUAAGAUAAGAGCAAUUAGGAAAUCAAAUCGGUCUCAAAGACCUUUCCGAGUUAUCACCGCUGUCAUAGUAUGCUUCUUCAUCUGCUGGUUUCCAUAUAACACAUGGCCAUUAAUAACUCUAAAUCUAAAAUACCAGCGAAUUGAUAUUGUUAUUACAGAAGUUACAGUCUGCUUGGCUUAUUUCAGCAGCUGCAUCAACCCCUUUCUCUAUGUCUUCUUUUCCCAUGACUUCAAGAAAAACUUUGUAAAGUCCAUACCAGCCGUGUUGGAAAAUGCUUUAAAUGAACGGUCUGAUGUUAAUUGUAAGGACAACAAUGCCAUCAUGUCUCCAACUCUAAAUUUGGAUUCAUCAUCUUUAUAAAUAGUUUUAUUAUAGAGAACAUUAAAAUGGUCAAUGGAUGAUAUUCUCACAAAUAUUCUAUAUUGCUUAGUAGAAAUCACACAGCAUUGGCUUGUAGUAUAUACAUUCUAGCUGACUGAUUUUGCACAGAUCCGAACUUAUGUAUUUUUGCUUAUGUCCAUACUUCAAUGUGUCCUCUCAGUAAUAAAUUGCAUUUCCCCUCCUGGAGGUCCCCCAGAGGGUAAAGAUUUCAAAGGCUGAUAUGUUAUCUCAGUCAACCCCUUCUCAUCUAGGGAUGUCAAAAAGGACCCUCACUUGAUUACAAAGAUAAGGACGUUCACUGUGAUCCAUCUUUAAUGUAUUUGGGCAUAUACUUGUAUUUAUUUUGCAAAGCAUAUAAUAUAUAAUAUAUUUUGAAACUU